AUGGCUCCUCUCACUCCCCACUGGCAGCAGCCCUCUCACCCGGACAUUCAAGAAGUUGUCGUCGUAAACGCCCAAGAGUUUACCACCAAGAGCAUCUCUCGAGUUUCUCUUCCACCCUUUUCCGUAUUUGCAAAGUUCGAUUUCCCGCCUUGCACCACUGCCAGCGAACCCACCUACGCUACUGUUCAGACCGGCCGCGACACUCACCUCAGUCUGAACAGUGAUUUGCUGUACAUCAACCAUUCUUGUGAACCUAGUCUCCUCUUCGAUGUGGGGAACUUGAACAUUCUUGUUGGCCCCAAGGGUCUCAAGGUCGGCGAUGAGCUCACAUUCUUCUACCCCUCCACCGAAUGGCACAUGGCCCAGCCUUUUGACUGUCUUUGCGGGACAGGUUCCUGCCGUGGUCGCAUCUCAGGCGCUCGAGACAUGACCCAGGCCCAGCUCGAUGGCAUGUGGCUUAAUGGCCAUAUUAUUCAGCUCCGCGCUGAGCAGGUUGCUCGCUCGGAAGAUCCCACAACCAAUGCCCUUCGCGAUGCUGUAGUUCAUGCUGAAAAGGUUCUUGAGUCAGCUCGUCUUGCCCUCCGCUCCUACACCAGCAACGCGCACGCUCAGAAUGGAACCGCCAACUUUCCUUCCAAGUAUGUCAACGGAACUCUUGGUAAGGCGGGGGUACUUGAACAUCGAGGCCCAACCUCUCGUGAGUUGAGCGGAGAGAUGGGCGGUGAUACUGUCUGCGCUUGA